GAUGAGAUUCAGGAUGUCCUACAGAAGGGAAAUGACACCCUCCCAGAUGAUAUGGCAGCUGAAAUAGCACAGCAGCUUCACAGGCCACUGACAAAGGAAUACCAAGAAAUAGCAAAGUCUGUCUUUCUACAGACAUCAGGAUCUGCAACUGGAACUGCAAGGAAAAAAACACAUGGGGAACUUCAAGAUAAAAUUGGUGGUUUAUGGACGAAUGCAAAACUGUUUGAAAAAGGCAUUAAAUUAUUUAAUGAGGAGACCCAAACUCAACUCAGUAAACAUAUGUUAAAGACAAUAUGUUCUGAUAUCACCAAUUUAGCAUUUGGCACUAUUGCUACACAGAAUAUGAUGUCUGUGAGUGAAGACACACAAAUGAAUGCUGAUGUUCGAGUAAAGCUGCUAUCAAAGUUACCAGAGAACUCUAAAUCUGUGCUCAGUAAGCUUCAUACAUCACUAAGUGGCAAGAGUUUGGAAGAUUUUUUUAAUUGUCUGGACACGGUUUGUGGACAAGGUCACCUCGAACUAUUCCUGAAAAAGCCUGACAAGAAAAAAGAAAGACAACUAGUGUUCAAUCAUCGGUUAGCCCUUGCAGAGCAGUUACGGAACGAAUAUGAACCUGCUAUGGCUCUACACCUGGCCAGUGUGAUCAUAUUCCAAACCUAUACCCAGUGUAUGGUACAUGCCCCUGGUAAAGUUGUCCCACAGAUCAUCACAUUUUUAGGUCAACAAAUGACCAACAAGGAGCAGCAUGAAGUGCUAGUGAAAUAUCAAGAUCUGGUAGUGGAACAAAUGAAGAAACAAGGGGAAGAUAGUGAAGAUAAAGACAUUGAGAACAUAAAGCACGAACUAAAUGAACUGUUACCUAAAAUUAAAGAAAUUGCCUUAACUGCCAAGAAAUCCAAUGCACAAGCUGCAGAAGAUUGAGCUUUACUGCUAGAUUGUAUCCCAAACUGAUGGAAUGGUCAGUGGUUGAGUUGCAUUUGGGUUUCAAUAUACAACUUGACAUUUGAUUUUAUAUGUGGAACAUUGAGGUUUAAUGGCUAUAAACUUUAUACCACCUGGAAAGAGGACCAUAUAUAUGGACCACGGUCUUAGUCCAUCUUUAUAUCCACCGUCUUUACUAUAUCUGCAAGAACUACUUUAAGCCUGGCAUUCAUUGAAUUGACCUAUACUAUACCACAUAACAGACCAUAGUCUUGUAUUAAGAUUUAUGCUAAGUAUGAUAACCCGUUGUUGGAGAUUUCAAAUUAUAAGAUCACCCAGUGAUUAUAUAAACUCGCUCAUACUUGAAUUAUAUUUUUUUGAUUAUCAAUCAAGAGGACGAUUAGUGUCUAUGUGCAAUCAUUUAAAUGUCAAUAAAUC